UGAAAAGAAAAACUUAACUGGUCUAUCUUUUAAAAAAAAAUUGAAAGUUGAAAAAAGUGAUAUUGAUCUAUUUAAUUUGUGUAAACUUCCCCAUAUACGAUAUCACAAUAGGGAGCAGUCUCUCACUAGGGUUACCCAUCGGUAACGCCUACGCUGUAUCGCCGCCGCCGGCUUCUAUCAGGCUUGCGCCGGUAAGCCGUGCGAAGCGAGUUUGAUUUUCCGAGUUUCAUUUUCGAAGCUUCGUAGUUCUACCAUAUUGGGUUUUCGCUGCUUUGGGAGGUAAAAUCGACAUUCGAUUUUACCAAGAGGAGCGGGAGAAGGGCAGGCUUUGGCGGGGGAGGACGACGACCUGGACCUCGAUGAUACGGAGGCGAGCGAGGAACCGAAGGAGGAGAGUAGGCCGGGUUUUCCUGUGGUCGGGGUGCUGCUGACGGACCGCAAGGUUAGAUUCCCGGAGAUCAAGGAAAUGUUGGCAUCACUAUGGAGACCGGGUAAAGGCCUAUCGGUUAAAGAAGUCGGGGAGAAAAGAUACCUCUUUACUUUUUAUCAUCGGUUAGAUAUGAAUCGUGUUCUGGAAGGAGGACCAUGGCAAUUUGAGAGAGAUUUAUUGUUACUAAAAGAGGUUAAACCUGAUGAUAUCCCACACAAAAUUAUUCUGAAUGAGGCAGACUUUUGGGUUCAGGUUCACAAUGUACCUUAUAGUCUGGUUAAUUUAGGUACGGCCAGGAGAAUUGGAAAUUUUAUAGGAAAGUUUAUAAAAUAUGAUGAUAAUCAAAAUAGUGACAAGUGGGAGGCAUAUAUAUAUGAGAGUACGAGUGUGCAUGAAUGUGGAGAAAGCUCUGAAAAGAGAUACUAAUAUGAAGAAGGAUGGCAAGAGUUACUGGGUAGAUUUUAAAUAUGAGAAAUUGCCAAACUUCUGCUUUAUUUGUGGAUUAAUUGGACACUCAGACAAAUUAUGUCAUUUGAAUUACGAAGAAGACCUAGUCUUGGAAGAAAAGUUUGGAGUUCAUCUUAGAGCAGGUAGUGGAAGGAAGACGAGUCCUACAGGAAGAAACCACUGAUUGUUGGAGGGUUCAUCGAGCUCUGGCAGAGACCAUAGGCAUGGGGAGGGUGCUAAAUCUGAGGAUAGGAUGAGUGGCGGGAACAAAGAAUCGGGGACAGAUUCAAAACAUAGUAUAACAAAAGGCGCAGGAGGCGAGAAUAAGGUAGAAACAACAGGAGAACAAACAUGCAUGAGGCUAUGGGAGUCACAGGGGGGUGAAUAGAUAGGAAAGGACAAUAUGACACUAGAUGGGACAAAAAAAAGGGAGGGGGUGGGCUUAGAUCAAUAGGCCCGACUUAAGCAAGGGAUCUUGAUGAGGAUGCAGAGCAAACAGAUCGGGAGGCAGAUCACUAUUUAUUAUCUUAGCAUUUAUUAUUUUUCAGACUUUUCCGUUUGCUUUCUUUUUUGUUUAGCUGUCGUUUAUCCUUUUUGUAAGACGUUGGGUUUGGAUGUGGGUGACUCCAUGGCUCAUUUGUGUCCAUUAAUGGAUUAUCGAGUUAUAUUGCUUCUGAUGAGGUUAUUAACUCUGAAUCUCAUUUGUGUCAGGAUUCUAUGUGUCGGAUUACUCAUCAUCUAAAUAUUGAGAUUUCAAUUUAAGUCAAAUUCUUCCAAAAAAAUUGUGUAAACUUCCCAAACUUAUACGGAGUACUAUGUACGUACGUAGUAUGCAUCUGUAUAUAUCCGCCGUGGGCUGGCUGCUGUGCUAAUGAAGGUCAAAUCAUAUCAUUUUUUACAAGUUUGACCCGACAUUAUCGCGAAGGCUUUAAUUGAAAUUAAGCU